CGUCUUCUACACUCAGAUCGUCACCUGUUUUACCAUGUACCUAGCCUAACCUCAAUUCAGCUUUUUUUUUUGUAAGCGUUUCGUUUUAAUGUUUAAGAUCCGCCACUGAUUAUUACUAAAUACAUAAAAUACGCAAUCACACUGUCCUUAAUUGAACCCAUCAUCACACUACUGAUGAUUACUUUCUAAUAAUCAUAUUGCUAAGUGUAACCCUAAUUAAAAACAUGCAGAACAUAGCAGCAACAAACAGAAGGGCCCAAGUUUUACUACGAAUUUUGCAAAAUAAUAGAUCCAAAAUUAGGAAUGUGAGGUUAACCGCAAUUAGAACAAAUUCAACAGUAACCAUUGGCGGCGUUACCAAAGUAGUACAAGUACCAAACAAUCCGGAAUAUGUACCAAAAAAUUAUUUCAAAGAAAUGGACAACCAAAGCACACUACACAACUUACGAUGGAUGCUACAGAAGGAUUUGCUCGCUCAGGACAUAUUUCUCAUCGGUGCCCCGGGACCUAAACGUAGACACCUAGCAAUGCAGUACUUGGAAUUAACAAACAGGGAGGUGGAGUACGUUGCGUUAAGCAGAGAUACCACCGAAUCGGAUUUGAAGCAGAGAAGAGAAAUUGUCAAGGGCAGUUCAACAUAUUUCGAUCAGAGUGCAGUUAGGGCAGCUAUCAAGGGUAGAGUAUUAGUAAUUGAGGGUAUUGAGAAAGCCGAACGCAAUGUUUUGCCGGUGCUAAAUAACUUGUUGGAGAAUAGGGAGAUGCAGUUAGAAGAUGGGCGGAUGUUGAUUGAUGCUAAGAGAUAUGACCAGUUGUUACAGUCCUAUAGUAAGGAUGAGCUAGAUAAAAGGAAGUUAGUGCGAGUCGACGAACAUUUUCGUGUCAUUGCAUUAGGAUUACCUGUGCCAAAAUACAUUGGUAAUCCUAUGGAUCCUCCUUUGCGUUCUAGAUUCCAAGCGCGUGACAUUAGCAGCAGCAGUUAUCAGGAAUUAUUUGAAUUACUUCAAUUACUGGGACCAAAUUUAUCCAAAGAGAGCCUCGACCAAAUACUCUCUGUUGCGAUUGGAUUAACAAGCAAAGAAAGUACAGCUCUCGGAUUGCCAGAUUUCCCGAUAGAUAAUUUACACUUAAUUGUUCGGAUAAUGAACAAUCACCCAGAUCUGUCCGUUUACAAUGCCGUUUACCGUUUGUAUCCUUACAACACCAUUUCUAAGGAUGCUGCAGCGGCAGUAGAAACCCUUCUGUCAAAAUUCUCUAUUGAUCGAUGUAAAGGUUCAAGUUAUGUAUCGAACAUAGCAGGUAACAUAUCGAAUUUAUGGAAAAAACCAAAACCUGAGGUUUCUCGUGCUGAUGGUUACAUUGAAACUGAUUAUCAAAAUAAGUUGGUCGAAGAAAUGCUACAGACAAUUAAGCUAACAGACUUAUGCGUGAUUGGUCCAAGAGGUUGUGGAAAAAAUGUGCUCGUUUCAAAGGUGGCUGAGAUUGUAGGAACCAAAAUUGAAUCAAUCAUGUUGUAUCAAGAUAUUACGUCUAGAGAUUUAAUACAGCAACGUGCUACUCUUGAUAAUGGUGAUACCAUUUGGAGGUUCUCCCCGUUAGUCAAUGCGAUGAUUGAUGGAAAAAUUGUAGUACUCGAUGGAAUACAUAGGGUACAUCCUAGUACAAUUUCAGUACUUCAUAGACUGGUCCAUGACCGAGAAUUACAACUACAUGACGGUCGUCGUAUGGUUAGUGCUGAAAAAUAUGACAUAUUACAAAAAGCUCACAGCGAGGCCUAUCUACAACAAAAUGGCAUGUUAAAAAUACACCCAAACUUCAGAAUAAUAGCAUUAGGCGAAUUGUCUAACAUGCAGCCGACAAGGAACUGGCUAACCUCAGAGAUUCUUAGCUUGUUCUUGUUCCAUGAAACACGAUUUCUGACAAAGAUGGAGGAAAUGCAUAUAAUUACGUCUAAGUUCGGCCCAAUAUCAGAGACUCUGCAGAAAAUUAUCGAUUUUGCCCACAUUUUGCGCGUGAGUCCCGACCCAAUUUUAAAGCAACUUUCCGGCCAUAUGUCCACUAGGCAAUUGUUAAGGAUCUCCAAGCGGCUUCAAAAGUUUCCCAAUGAAGACAUGUACGAAAUUCUCCAAACUGUUUUUAUGACACAGUUCUUGCCGACUUUAACCCGUCGAACUUUGGAGAAUGCGUUUGCCAAAAUGGAAAUUGUACCACAGGCUGGUUUCGAGAGGAAACCCACAACUUACAGUAUAAACAAUAAUGUGCUUACCAUUGGAAAUACUUCUGCUUUUAUAUCCGCUACUGAAGAGAUUACAAAAGUGCCUCAAGUUCUUUUUUACGACGUACCUCAACAUAUACAACUAAUGGAAAAGCUUCUGCAAGAUUUUCAGUUAGGCCUACACCUACUUUUGGUCGGAAAUCAAGGCGUGGGUAAAAAUAAAAUUGUUGAUCGAUUCUUGGGACUGCUCAACCGUCCAAGAGAAUAUAUACAAUUGCAUCGCGACACAACGGUGCAGACGUUAACAGUACAGCCUACAAUUAAAGACGGCAUUUUGGUGUACGAAGACUCUCCACUGGUCAAAGCCGUUAAAUACGGCCACGUCUUAGUUAUCGACGAAGCUGAUAAAGCCCCAACGCACGUAACGUGCAUUUUAAAAACUCUCAUCGAAUUUGGACAGAUGUUAUUGAGUGAUGGCCGCCGAAUUACUACAGCGGCACUUAAGGAAAACGAUAUUCAGAUACAUCCCGAGUUUCGCAUGAUUGUACUGGCAAAUCGGCCCGGGUUUCCGUUUUUGGGGAACGAUUUCUUUAGUGCUUUAGGCGAUUUGUUUAGCUGUCACGCUGUCGAUAACCCAUCUAGGUCUUCAGAAAUAGACUUAUUGGUACAAUACGGACCUGAUGUCCCGAUUGAUACCAUAACAAAAUUGGUUGACAUUUUCGGCGAUCUGCGAUCAAUGGCAGAUGAGGGAUUGGUCACCUAUCCUUAUUCUACUCGUGAGGUGGUAAAUAUAGUAAAGCACUUGCAGAAAUUUCCACAAGCGGACAUAGAUGAUGCGUUGUUUAAUGUCUUCGAUUUUGAUAAAUACAAUCAAGAUGCUGUUGAAACUUUGGGACAAGUUUUAAUUAAACAUGGUUUUCCAAAAACCAAUAUGUUUACCGCGGAAUAUUUGGCAUUAAAGCAAGCUAAGGAGUACUUACAAGUUACUGUUGACCGUACUAGUGGAUUAGAUACAAAAGGUCCCAAACACGGAAAGGAAGACCCCAAAAAUGAACCACAUGUAGGUGGAAACACAUGGGCUGGUGGUACCGGUGGACGGGACACAGCAGGGUUGGGUGGUAAAGGGGGACCAUACCGUUUGGAUAAAGGUCACAAAGUUCAUCAGUUGUCAGAUGAGGAGAAAGCAGCAGUUCCAGAACAUAUAAAGCGAGCCGCAAGAGAAAUGGGAAGGAAAGCAUUUGAAGAACGGUUGAAAGAAAUUGGAAUGAGUGGAUAUGAUGCUUCUUUGUAUGCUCAGUUCUCAGGCGCCGUUUCUAAGCAAGUGCUGUCAUUAAGGAUAAUCCUAGGUUCACUUCAAGCCAAAAAUAAGGAGAGGCAGUGGACUAAAAAUAAAACAUCGGGCGAAUUAGACGACACGAAACUAAUAGAUGGACUACUUGGUGAAAAAACCAUUUUUCGCAGAAGAACCGAACUUGAACCUGAGUUAGGCUCACCACAAAUUAAACCCAAAAUGUUGCGCCUUGUUGUGGAUGUUUCAGCGAGCAUGUAUAGGUUUAAUUCUUACGAUGGACGACUGGACAGGCAGUUGGAGGCAGUCGUUCUACUAAUGGAAGCUAUGGAAGGAUUCGAUGACAAAAUACAAUAUGACAUAAUGGGGCAUUCGGGAGAUGCGCACGAUAUUAAAUUUAUUACAAAAGGUAAUCCACCCAAGAACAACAAAGAGAGACUAAAUAUACUGAAGACUAUGUAUGCCCAUUCACAGUUUUGCUUUGCGGGCGAUAACACAUUAGAAGCCACAGAAUUAGCAAUUAAAUCUAUGUCGGAUGGAGAUUUUGACGAAGCUAUUGUGGUAGUACUUUCAGAUGCUAACUUACAACGAUAUUCCAUACCAUCAUCGGAAUUGGCGAAGGUUUUAUCUCAGUCAGAAAAAAUUAAUUCGUACGCAGUUUUUAUUGGAAGUUUAGGUGAUCAAGCCGAAAGAUUGACACAAAGUUUACCAGCCGGCAGAUCAUUCAUUUGUAAAGAUGUAUCCACACUGCCUCAAAUUUUAAAACAAAUAUUUUCCUCAUCUGUUAUUAAUUUUUAGAUGUCUAUAUUUUAUUUAGGUUAUUAUUUUUAAUAACGAUGUGUUAAAUAAAAAUUGUUGGAAUUUAUUGUUAUGUAA